UUAUAUAGUCCCACGAGGUGGGAAAGCGAGAGCAUUAAAUCGUCGACCGUCAGAGUGACACGCUACUCCUGUAUACACGCUACCGACAAAAUGAAGUCUUACAUAUUCCGAUUGACUCUACUUUUGAUACUGACAUUCGCUGUAACACAUCUGACAUCUGCGGAAUAUUGUCCAACAGAGAAUUGUUUGCCCGAAGAACAAUGUUCCAUAAAAGUUAAACAUGGAAAUUGUACGAAUGGUAACGCGUGUUGUAGUAUAGUUAAAGCCAACUACAGAACACACUGUCGUCAUUUUCUUGGCGCCUGUAUGAACAAAUGCAACGACAAAGUUUGGAUACGUGAAGCUGUCGACUGUUCGGAUAAUCAAAGAUGUUGUAUUUUACUUUGAAUUGAUUAAUCCAUAAGAUUCAGACGUAGUGAAGAAGGAACUAAUCUAAAAGAGAUACAAUUACCAACUUCCUUUCUUUCAUCGAUCGAUCUGUAAACAGAUCACUUGAAAUGUUAAACGAGACAGACAUAUAUGUGUCUGUGUGUGUGUAUAUAUAUAUUUAUAUAUAUAUAUAUAUAUGAUAAUCCCUAGGGGGGAAAUUGAAAGAUUUCGUAAUUGGCUCAUCGUCAUAUACGUAUAUCCACCUACGUACACACACACACACACACACACAUAUAUAUAUACACACACGCACACAUACACGCGAACACUAACACACAAAUGUAUAUAUGGGUUCGUGUUAAAUUCAGAGAGACGCGUGCCGUACACGAUCGUGUGCCAAAAUGAAAGCGAGUCGACUGGUUUUACAAUUAUAACGGGAUUCGAUUUACAACGAGUCCUUUUUGCGUGACUCGCCCAUUUAAAAUGAUUCUUUCAAAUCUCAACACAACACCUAUUGGUCUCGAUCAAUCCCAUAUGUUUUAUUUCCUUUUCUUUUCUUCUUUGUUUUGUUUUGCUUUUUUCUCUUUCCUUUCUAACAAAACUUUUUGUAUUUGAAUAAGAUAAUCCAAACAACGUGUACAUACGUGGUGAUAAAACAUUUGUAAGAAAAUUAGAAAUAAGAAAUAAAGACGUCAAAUGGCGUUAAUAAAGCUAA